GCCCUAACCCCACUCCGGUCUCUUCAUCUCUUCCUUCUUCCCUCUCUCUGGUUCUAAAUGAAGGCUAUGUGUGCCCCUUGCCCCCUUCUUCCCCUCCUCCUCUUCCUCCUCCUCUCUCUCUGCUGCUGUGUGGAAGAUGGCCGCUGGUCUGAGAGUAGGUGGGUGAGACUCAUUUCCUGUGCUCCUCAGGGCCUCGUUGCUCCAAUGGCAGCAGCAGCUCCCACCAUCCAGGGGGCCUGUUUGGUAGCAAACACGGGGCGUCUUCAUCUUCUCCUCCAUCUACUCUUCCUCCUCUUCCUCUUCUACUGCCGCCUCCACCAUCCAUGCUACAGCCCCCAGGGGCCCACUAUAUGCCACAGUCUGGCGGCCCCCCAGACAAGCUCUAUGCGGAACAGGCCCCGAAGGCCUCACCCACUGAGGAGGAAAUGCAAGAGGAAGACAAUAGUCCAAAUAACAAUGCAGAGCUGGAGCGCAUCCAGGUUCCUGUAGAGGAAGAUCAGAUGGUGGAGGAGAAGCAUGGAGUGUGUGUGGCGGAGGUGCAGGGCGGAGGGCCGGGCUGGCGGCAGGAGCUCGCCUGCUCUCUGUGUAAGCAACUGUUUAGCAGCCUGCUUCAACUGAGACAGCACGAAUACAGCCACACGCUUUCACUUAUGGCUCUCUCACUGGACUGCCUCGACCACCAUCGCCCACUAGUGGCCUCCGCGUCUCCGCUCAACCCUCAGCCGGCACGCUACCACUGCUCGCAGUGUCCGGCCAGCUUCACUCUCAAGUCCAACGCAGACCGCCACGAGAAGACCAUCCACCUCAAACGGAAGCUGAUGCAAUGUGUGUACUGCCUCAAGCACUUUCGUGACCGCACGGACCUGAACCGCCACCUGUCGUCCGUGCAUUCCAGCGAGCGAGUGUACACGUGUCCCGCCUGCUCCCGAACCUUCAGCACACAGAAAAACCUGGCCACCCACGGCAAGGUCUGCUGUCAAUCGGGAAUCUCGCCCACUGAGCAGUUAUGGAACUUGCAUGGUUUAAAGGAAGACCAUCACGGCCAUAUCCAUGUAGACGAUUGAUUCACCAAACCAGCAACACUUUUUAUUGGAUUGAUAAGGGAAUGUGUAACACACCAAGUCGUCCCAAUCAAGGUCUUUUGGCCACAGCACUGUUGACAUUUCUACCUUCAUUUUUACUGUAUGUCAGAUUUGUUUAUUCUGGAAAUAAAAUCCAAAUCGUCUUUCGUUUUUGCUUUAAAUGACUACCGAAUAUGGCUGCCGAUUUCUAUGCAAAAUUUCUAUGCAAAAUUAGGCAUUAUUUCUCUUUACGCAUAAAGAGCUGUCUGAUCUUUGCACCACCCAGGAUUAUCCAAGAUCUAACGUAAGACUGGAGAACACAGUGAUCUCAGUGCAUUUUAUGCCAAUGCUUUUUCCUUUUUGGGUGGCUUUGCACCCCUCUUUUUUUUACUACUGAACUAGUCAUGUGCUUAUUCUGCAAUAUUGGUUUAAGCACGGGGGUAUCUGUAACUGGUCGAAGUGUUAAGUAGUGAAUUCAGCUGUUAAAUCUGAGCACAAUGCUGCCCUCUGCAGGAAAAUCUAUCUCUUGUGUCCUGUGCUCAACUAGAAGGAGAUGAUGAGGGAUGAGGAUAGAUUAGGGAAUGUCCUAAAUCUUUCAUCCUGCUACAUCUUCUUGUGUGUGUGUGUGUGUGUGUGUGCGUGUGUGCUGUAUACGAGUGAGUAUGUGAGUGCGGGAAUUAUGUCAGUAAUUAGCUCUUCUCUGCUCUCACCCGUGCUGACCCUAAAUUAUACAGAUAAAUGAGAUGUGAAAGGAAAAGACAUAAGCCCUUUAAAGUUGUGAUCAGUCCUUGUGUGUUCUCACACUAUCCUACAAGCAACAUAGCCAGUGGAAAAGAAAAAGGGGUGUUUUCUGGACCCUUUCCAACACAGACAAAAUCAAUUGUGUGUGUUUUCAUAUGUUUUCUAAUAAAUAUUUUAGAAACCUGUUUUUGACGGGUUACUGUCCUGCAGUGUUUAGCUCUAACAAGAAUUAAGCACAUCUGAAUUUAUCAAAGCUCAGUUUCAAAUAGAAAACUAUAUGGCUGUUAACACCUGGUCAGCUUUGUGUGUGUGUUUUUUUUUUUCUGAUCAGAUCUGAAAUGGAGUUGAAUAUAUCUGAUCACUCAAAACACUUAUUGAAGGGGGCCUGAGACACAUUCCAGAUGAAACUAGAAAGGUCUAAAUGCAGCACAAAAAUUUGACCAGUUCCAAAAUGUAAAAUUAAAAAACGUGAGAUAGAGCUGGCCAAUUAAUCGAAAGUAGUCAAAAUCGACAUUUAGAACCUAUAAUUAAUCACAAUUUUCCAGGACAAUUUUUUUGUAAUUACUUUUCCUACGUGUUGCGUGACCCCACUUCAUUACUUCUGUGGCCACUUUGCAGCCCCAUCUGAUCUGUGGUGAAAUAGGAUGAUGGACAUAUUCUUGAGCCUUACUUUGCUCUACAUUCACGAUGAUUGGAAGCUAUGCCAGAGAUGCCUUUAUCAGUAUAUAAUAACUUGUUAGUGAACUAUAAUGGGCAAAAAGAUUGAAUAAAUAAAUAAAAUAAUCAUUCAUUAAUAAUAAUCAGGUUAAAAUGUUCAAUUAAUCGAGAUUUAGAUUUUAGGCCAAAUCGCCCAGCCCCAAUGUGAGAGCAUGUACUUAAAUGUAAAACACAAUGCCACAGAUGACAGUUUGGGAUGUUUGCUUUAUUUUAUUAAAAAUGUUUCAUUCUAUUUUUGACUAGUCGUUAAACGUUAAAUGAGCAAAGAAUGUUAUUUUUUAUAAUUCAUUUUCUUUUUGGCUUAGUCCCUUUAAUAAUCUGGGGUUGC